AAGAGGAAAUCAACCUUAGUUCAAGUCAAGCUCUCUAUCUAUAUAUUCGUCAAGAAUUGACCGUGCUCGGAUGAGAGUAGGAAAUGGCUUAUUUUUCAGCAGUUACUCAAGUGUGUUUUUUUCUUUUGGCUUAUUACAUCUGUUUGACGGCUGCAACGGAUUUGGAAAGCAGAUUUUUGCACUUUGAAAAAAAUUUCGUGAAUGUCAAAGAAACUUUGGAGGCUAAAGUUGUGACUUUAGAAACUAAAGUGGCUCGACUAGAGGCCAAAGUGGAACAACAAGAAUCGCAAAUCGCUGCCUUGAUAUUGAAGGAAAGAGAGAAAGACCAGAAUUCUUCAACCAAGAAGUUUACGAUGAGUGUUGAAUUGAAUCAAAAUUAUAAACGAAACGCCAUCUUUAGGACAUGUCAAGAGCUUCUCUCAUCAAAUCCGCUGUUGGAGUCCGGCAUGUAUUGGAUUGAUCCUGACGGCCAAGGAGUCGGCGAUGAUGCUAUUCAUGUCUUUUGUGACAUGAAAUCAGGCAAAACGUUGAUUGGACACGACAGUGAAUCGAAAAUAGAUGUCGAAAAAUGCGCCGAGCCUGGAUGUUAUUCCAGGAAAAUCAAUUAUUACGCAACAGAUAGGCAAAUUGAAUCUUUGAUCGGAUUGUCCAUUGAAUGCGAGCAAAUGAUAAGCAUCGAUUGCAAUAAUGCACCGUUAAAAGUCGGUGGUGUUGACUAUUCUUGGUUUAAUAGCAAAAACAACAAUGAAAAGCUAACAUUUCAUAGCUCGUGGAACGAGAGUGUCUGUAGCUCUGGUGAAAAGACAAACGGAGUACAUUCGGCACCAAAAAUACCAGUCGCACGUCUAAAUUUUGGCGGCACCUUAAAAGGAUUUAUCUAUCACACGCUGGGAAAAAUACAGUGUGGAGGAAAGUCAAAAUCUGAGGGAAUGCCCAGGUCGUGUGAAGACUUAUGGAGAACAGGACACACCCUGAAUGGAAUUUUUGCUGUUAAGGGAAGUAAAAGCAUCGAAAGUCUCUACUGUGAUUUCAACAGACGGCCCAAUGAAAACGGUUUCCAGAAACGGAUUGGAUACGCCGACGUCAAAUCGGCGCCCGUCCAUUUCUACGUCCAGAGAAAUUCUUCAUUUAACACAAAAUACAGUCCGAUUCCGUUCCACUUCGCGAGGGUAAACGAAGGAAAUGCCAUGAAUUUGACAUCCGGGGAGUUCACGGCACCGCGACCGGGAACUUAUUUCUUUUCGUUUUCGGGAAUAGCAGAGUAUUCACAUUUACAUAAAAAACAAGUUUACAUGUACAUUGGACUUUUUUUGAACGGGAAGAGCAUCGGAUCGGAUUUUACUGAAGAGGAAAGUUCCUACUAUCAUAGCAGUAAGCGGGGCCCGGUGUCAUUCCAGUCGACGUUGAAAUUGGAUAAAGACGAUAAAGUCUGGUUGCAGAUUUAUGCCUCGUCAAACGAUGUAUAUCUGCUCGAAGACAGAGAAAACCACUUCAGUCAUUUUACAGGUUUCAUGUUGGAAGAGAACAUUGUGGCGUCCCUUUGAGAUUUGUAUUGAUCAUUUUUAAAAAAAUGCGCACGACAAUAAUCAGCAGACAGUUGGCACAAAAUGAAUUGUUGAAUUGGAUUACGUAAAGGUAAGAAAACGGAAGGAAUAAACUUAUUUGACUGUUAUUCAUUAAAGGCUGGGAAUUUCUCUACAAAAAUUUGUAUUCAAUUGCAGCUGUAAUGUAAUGAUAAUGAUCACAGAAAUUUACAUGUCUAUUUCUAUUUCCCAAAAUAAGGCAAUUUGGUACGAAAAACCCGUUUUGAUUGCCAGAUUUAGCAAAGAAAAUCAAGAAAGAAUUUCUUUUUCAAUUUGUCAACUGUUGCAAUUUUAAAUCACAAACUUGUUAAACACGAAAAUGUUAAGAAUACAUUGCCCUAUAUCUCCUUCGUUCUGAAGAAAUUUUCACUGUUUCCUUUGACCGCCUUUUACUUUUAAAAAUGUUUAAUCAGGUGUUUAAUGUUACAAAAGACGAAGUGUUUCAUUUUUUGUGGGUUUUCAGCAGAUGCGUGCAUUUUGAAUAUUUCCAUCUGUAAAAAUUUAGACGUCGAAAAUAACGAUAACAUAAUGUU